UGAGCCGAGGCGAGGGUCCAGGGGCAGAUAAGAGCGAGAUGGGGAGGGUUAGGGGGAGACACAGAGGGUCCGGGGUGGAGAAAGACAGUGGGAGAGACAGAGGAGACAGGUGAGAAGCCAUCUCGUUUUGGGGGCAGGAGUGGGCUUGUAUCUAGGCCAUCUGUGCUCCCCCACUUCUGCCUUUCUAUCUAGUUUUGAGGUCACAACUCUGCUCUUCACAGCACGGGGCCCACGGCGUUCACAGCGGAGCCAGCGCCUGCUUGGCCGUGGCUGCCUCGGGCCUGCCUCUCGGAGCUCGUCCUGCGCGUGUACAUGCAGCCAUGCAACACGGCUUUAACGUGUGUCAGCUCAACACUGAGCAAGCCAUGCCGCCGGCUGACACGGUCCACCCUGCCGUUCCUCCGGGGGGAGGGGAGUCUGUGCUUCCUUUAGGGCUGACAAAGGAGGGUCUGCUGGAUUUUACUCCCCUAACAACCCGCAUGUGAUGGUGCCUCCAUACGUCCCCACUGGAUGUCCCCAUGCCAGCCAGUGCCAUCUGUCCAUCUGUCACUCCCCACCAUGCUAUCUAUCCCUGCAGCACCUGGCUGAUGCUAAGCCACUCUCUCCUACUUCCCUUACUGCUCAGCCUACCCCCUGCUGCCCACGUUGGCAGGGACAGAGGCUGGAACUGGAAGGAGGAAAGGAAGAGAAGGAAGAGGAGGGGGCCUAGGGGUGGCUGAGAGCUGAUAGACCCGCUGGGAAGAGGUGAGAGCAUGCCGGGGCUCCGGGGGCCGCGGCUGCCCCCCGCGGGGAUCCUGCUCGCGCUGCCCUUCCUGCCGCUGCUGCUGCUGCCGGCUGCCCCCGCGCCCCGUCGCGCUUCCUACAAGCCGGUCAUCGUGGUGCACGGGCUCUUUGACAGCUCGUACAGCUUCCGCCACCUGCUGGACUACAUCAACGAGACACACCCUGGGACUGUGGUCACGGUGCUUGAUCUCUUCGAUGGGAGAGAGAGCUUGCGGCCCCUGUGGGAACAGGUGCAAGGGUUCCGAGAGGCCGUGGCCCCCAUCAUGGCAAAGGCCCCUCAAGGGGUGCAUCUCAUCUGCUACUCGCAGGGAGGCCUGGUGUGCCGGGCACUGCUCUCCGUGAUGGAUGAACACAAUGUGGAUUCUUUCAUCUCUCUCUCCUCCCCUCAGAUGGGACAGUAUGGAGACACGGACUACUUGAAGUGGCUGUUCCCUACCUCCAUGAGGUCUAACCUCUACCGGAUCUGCUAUAGCCCCUGGGGGCAGGAGUUCUCCAUAUGCAACUACUGGCAUGAUCCCCACCACGACGACUUGUACCUCAAUGCCAGCAGCUUCCUGGCCCUGAUCAAUGGGGAACGAGACCAUCCCAAUGCCACUGCAUGGCGGAAGAACUUCCUUCGCGUGGGCCGCAUGGUGCUGGUCGGAGGCCCUGACGAUGGUGUCAUCACCCCUUGGCAGUCCAGCUUCUUUGGUUUCUAUGACGCAAAUGAGACGGUCUUGGAGAUGGAGGAACAACUGGUUUAUCUUCGGGAUUCUUUUGGGCUGAAGACGCUCUUGGCCCGGGGGGCCAUCGUGAGGUGUCCCAUGGCGGGGAUUGCCCACACGGCCUGGCACUCCAACCACACCCUUUACGAGACCUGCAUCGAACCCUGGCUCUCCUGAGGACAUGCCCUGGGGUCCCGAGGAGCUCCAGGCCCAGAGACCAAGUGGUGGCCUUGGAAAGCGGAUGUCAGCUCCGUUGCGCCUGUGACCAUGUCAUUGCACACUGCCCCCACCGACCAGGGCUCCCUGGACCCCCUCCUCUGCUCUGUGGUGACAAAUCCUGGUCUCCCCACCUCAUGCCUUCAUUUGGGGUGGCUCCAUGCUCUCCCAUCCUCCCAAGGCUGAGGUUGGGAAGUGAGAAACCAGGUUUUUAACUUGUGGCUGCUCCUCCAUCUCCGGCUGUGCAGGAGGGGAACCCAGCCUGCCCACCACGGGGUCUUCUCCCAGGCUGCUCAGGACACUGUUCCUCUGUUCCCGCCGAACUUCCCCAUCGUCAGCCCUCUCACCCCCAGGAAGGACUACCCAUGAGAGCGGGGUCCAAGGCUCCCCUAUGGGUACAGUUCCAUUCUUGAAGUGUCAAUGUUGGGGAAUAUCUGUGGCCUGCAAGGCCCAUCUCAGGUUUGGGGAUCCCCCAGUCCCUAUGUUCAGUGUUGGGGUACUUCCUGGGAGCCUAUUUUCUUUGAGGCCCCAGCCCCUCCUUUAGCUAACCUUAAAUGGGUGUUACCCUGUAUUUAUGGAAAUAAAAUUCCAUUUCCUCA